AUGGAAGGGGUUGAGUUUACCUCUUCACAACCGUCAGGAAGCAAUAACGCUUUCUCUUUGAACCAAGCCGUAGUUCAACAACCUGAGAACAACAACGGUCAAAGACUGUGCUCCUCCGUGCAUGCACCGUCUCAUAAGGAAAAUGAACCGACUGUUAGCACAGCGCUAGACAAGUCAGAUAAACAACCGCAACAAAGUUGGACCGUUAUUGGGAAAGCCAAACAGUUCCAACUUUUUUUUCCGCUCGAAAUUAUUCUAGAACAAAACCCUACAGAAAAAAAGAAUUACGUUUAUCAGAUUAUUUCAGAUGUACCAGGGUUGAGGACAUACGUUGUUACAACUAUAAAAGGUAUUAAAGUAAUCAAAGCUACAUAUGAGUCAGAACAAUCAGCUCAGAAAGUUUUGGAGCGCCAAAUCAUUAAAGGUAAUAAGGUUAGAUUUUGUAAAAUUGAAGGGAUCAACCAAGCACAAGAUAAUCAACAGUCAUACGAAAUCCGCAUCUGGGAUGUACCAUUAGAUAUAGAAAAAGAUAUUUUCGAGCAACACCUACGCUCGAUUGGGAACGUAAAGAGUAUCAAAUUCAAUAUUAAACAACUAUAUUACGAGGUGGCAGUAACAUUCGCUGACAACAAAUUAGAAGAACGUUUCAAAAAAGAAUGGGUAAUUAGAUUCUGUAAACAUGUAUUCAGAGUAUUCCCAUCCACCUUAUCUAGGGAAGAAAGAAAUCACAGAUUCAAAUACGUACUUAAACUAGCUAACUUACCUAGUAGUACAUGUGCCAUUGACCUAGCAGAGAUAGCCAAUAUCACAAAGGCGAAAGCUAUAUUCCUACCCAAAAAUAAAUUUUCAAGAAAUUACGAAAAAGAACGUUUCGUAUGGUUCUAUUUCGAUUCUGAACAAGAAAUGGGUGACGCGAAAACACAAAUUUUCAUAUAA